AUGGAUUUUAUGAAACCAGAGACCGUAUUGGAUUUAAACAAUAUCCGCCAAGCUCUUAUGAGGAUGGAAGACUCGAUAGUCUUUGAUUUGAUCGAAAGAUCGCAGUUUUAUUCGUCACCUUCCGUAUACGAACCUAACAAAUUUCAAAUUCCUAACUUCAAUAGAUCAUUUUUGGCAUGGUCUUUAUUGCAAAUGGAGAAGACGCAUUCACAGGUUAGAAGAUACGAAGCUCCAGAUGAAACUCCUUUCUUUCCUAACGAGCUUUUACCAUCUUUCUUACCUUCGAUAAAAUACCCCAAAAUCCUUGCAUCAUACUCAGAUGAAGUCACUGCCAAUGAUCAAAUCUUGAAGACAUAUGUUGAACAAAUCGUACCGCAGAUCUCUUGUAAAACUGGUGAACAACAAGAGAACUUGGGAUCAGUGUCGGUUUGUGAUGUCAACUGCUUACAGACUUUGUCGAGAAGAAUACAUUUCGGAAAGUUUGUAGCAGAGGCUAAAUAUCAAUCGGACAAAGCUAUGUAUAUCAAACUCAUCAGAGCUAAAGAUGUAAAGGCCAUUGAGGCGUCCAUCACCAAUUCAGCUGUUGAGGCUAAGAUUUUAGACCGUUUGAUCGAGAAGGGCCAUUCAUACGGAGUGGAUCCAUCGUUGAAAUACUCGCAGAACCCUCAAUCAAAAAUCCAACCCGAAAUUAUCGCCAAAAUUUACAAGGACUUUGUUAUCCCUUUGACAAAGGUUGUGGAAGUUGAUUACUUGCUCAGGAGACUUGAAGAUGAAUCAGAGGAAGAAUUGGCUAAAUACGAGUAA